AACCAGUCAGCCCAUAAAUCAAUAUUCAUCAUCCCCACCAUUUGCAUCUUGGUUUUUUUUUUCUCGAAUCCUCAUCAAUGGCGAUCGCUUCUCUGCAAAAGCUCUCUUCCCGAAUAUCCAUUAACCCUUCGCUCUCUUUCUAUUCCAAAGCAAUAAUCACAGGAUCAUCGGCUUCAUCAUCAAUGCCAACCCCAUCCACCUCCAAAAAAGGCUCGGAUCGAAUCGGGAAAUCCUUCGCAAUCGACUUUGACGGGAAAAAACAAGAGAUUGUCGGCCUGUCGGGCCAAACACUCCUGAAAGCGCUUGCCAACAACUGUUUGAUGGAUCCGGCGUCGCAUAGGCUCGAAGAGAUCGACCCGUGUUCGGCUGAGUGCGAGGUAAAUAUUGCUCAGGAGUGGCUGGAAAGAUUGCCUCCGGCCUCGUACGAUGAGCAGUAUGAGCUGAAAAGGAAUUCGAGGAAUAGGGUUUUGAAUAAGCAUUCGAGGUUGGGGUGUCAGGUUGUGCUUACUCAGGACCUUGAAGGGAUUGUUGUGGCCUUGCCGGAGCCGAAGCCGAAGCCGAAGCCGUGGGACAUUCGGUCCAAGUACUCUCUCUCUCUUUCGUUUGAACCUAGUGGAUUGAUUUGA